CUUGAACCUUCCCAACUCAUUUCAUCGACGAUAGCUUCACAUUCACUCAAACAACACCGCCAUCAUGCCUACUAUGCUCGGACUCACAACCGACCCGUCGCCUAACGGGCUCAAUAGCAAAGAGGGCAAAUUCGGCGAGCGCUCCAGCAGCCGCGACAUGGAGCUCGUGCCCCAACAGAACGGCAGCCUGACUUCGGGCAUCGAGAACUCGGACUUUUUCAACGGCGGCAAGCAAAAGGAGCACUCUGACGACGAAGAGUCGGACGAUGAGAAGCUCAACACCAUCAAGGCCCGCAACCACGCCGCCGCCAAGGAGAUGGAGACGCUGCUGUGGCGCGCCCUGUGCGACAAGCCCAAGAGCGCCCUCAAGUACAUUGGCAAGGACGCCGUCAUCUCCAACCGCUUCCUGUUUGGCGACCCUGAGCCGCGCACCGCCGAGUCGGACCCGCCGCUGGAGGAAGAGAUCAGACACUGCGAGGAGUGGCUCGCCUACAAGAUGCACGACCCCCAGGUGGUAGAGAUUGGUCUCAUGGCAGCCGCCAUCGCUUACAAAGUCACCCUGUUCCGCCAGAUUGACAAUGGGAAUGGUCAGUACGGGAUGCAGACGGUCGAGGCUACCUGCUCGAGCUCCUGGAGGCAGGUUGCGAGUGGAGACUGGGAGCUUUGCAGCAUGUUUGCCAGUUAGAGAUGGAUAGCUAGCGGGGUAUUACAGGCGUUUACGUGUAUGGAGUAAUGGCUUAUCAAGCUGAUUGGAUUUCAUAAGGGAACUUGUUUGAUUUAAUAAGGAAUGUAACCAUCUUCAACAACUUCAACCAAUCUUGACGCAUCAUACUUAUCACCUAGAUGUUGCAUCUCUUCACCCCAGCCAAUCUAGCCACUCAGGCUUAAAGGUCCCCUCCUCCUCAUAUAACACAAGAGAUCCUGCAAUUGCAGCGAUUGUCCCUAGGAGAUUAAUCAGAGAUGCGAAAGUCGUGAGUGCCUCCCUUUGCCUUCGACUUUGGUUUGGAAAUAUAAAAAAUGACGAAUCCACCAAGAGAUGAACUCCUGCGAAAGAAAACAAUAAGCCGCAGUACACUCCACCGAAGGGAUCCGCGAAAGGGAAGCCGAGGGAGUAGCAUACGCCGCCAAGCGGCUGGAGCAGUAAGAACAUGAUCAUCACGGGUAUCGGGCCUGUACGUUCCAAGUAGUCGACCGUUUGUCGAAGAUACUCGGCUGAUCGAAGUAGUUCUUUUGGAUCCAACGACUCUUUCGAAGGGCCACAGUGAGAUAUUAUGACGGCCAGCUGGACCACGAUCCACCCCCCUAUGUAGGACCAGGAGAUGAUCUGGAAAUGCCCUGGGACGACCGAGGCGAUAAGCUUGAUAGCAAUGACUACCACGGAGAGCAGUGUGAUAACGUCGAGAGCCAUCUCAGUAUGACCCCGUUGAGGGACUGGUCCAACGAGCUGUGGAUCGGUAUCCUGUGGCCGUAGUGCAGUGUGGCUGCGAAGAAAGAGUAGACCGGCCGCACCGGCGUUCAAAUUGGUGACAAACACUGCAAAGUCCCUAUAAAGGUUCCCGUGGCAUGACCUAAUGGCUCUCCAAAGAAUGAGCACGAGCGCGUGCAAGAUGCUAGCCGCCUCGGCAACACACACCACAGGGUUGAGGCGUAGGAAAAAGAACAAGAUUCGGCCAAAGACAUUGGAUGGUUUCUUGAAAAUCAAGUUGCCUUGAGGCUGCAAUAGCAGACACGUGCUCAAAGCGAGCAGCAUCCCAAACAUGCUAGCUGCUGAAAAGGUUGACUCAUCUUGGGUGUCGCUUUUCGGCGCUCGCUCCUCUAACAUGGUGUUGAGAAACU